CAGCCUGGGCAACAGAGCAAGACUCCACCUCAAAAAAAAAAAAAAUUAGAUUUUUUAUUGUGGUAAAAUAUACAUAACAUAAAAUUUACCAUUAGUGAUAUUUAGUACAUUAACUGUGUUGUACAAGUACCAUCUCAAUCUAGUUUCAAAACCUUUUCCUCACCCCAAAAGGAAACUCAGUACCCUUUAAGCAGUCAUCUGCCUCUGGGAAACACUAAGCUGCUUUCUAUCCCUAGGGAUUUGCCUAUUUUGGAUAUUUAAUAUAAACAGAAUCACAUGAUAUGUGUCUGGCUUCUUUCACUUAGCACAAUGUUUUCAAGGUUCAUCCAUGUUGUAGCAUGUAUCAGUACUCCAUUCCUUUUAUGGCUGAAUAAAAAAUUAUAAUUUUUAAAGUUUAUAAAGUUGGUCUUUUCUCUGGUGCUCCAAAAAUAGAAUACCAUUAUGAUUUAUUUUAUAAAUGCAGCCAAAGGAAUUUCUUUUUGACCACCAAUGAAUUUCAACAUAGAACAGAAAACUUUUAAUUCUUAUCAUUUAAAUCUUCAUAAAGCAUAUCAAAUAAUCUGAUGUUUAACAUACUUGCCACAUGAUACUCUUGCCUUGAUAAGCAAGGUUAAGGUCUUCUCCUAAACCAGUGAGCAUUGUUUCAGAAGCCACUAAUUAGCAGUGGAUGACACAGUAUAUCCAAAACCAGAAAUCUUGAUGGUGAGCCCAGCCUUGCUGGACUGAAAUGCCAUCACUAUAUACUUGGGUCAUUUUUUUUGUUUGUUUGCUUUAUAGAAUUUUGUUAUUAUCAGUUUUCAUGCUACUCUCCAAAUUUUUUCUUCUAUGUGCUGUACCCCAUAUGGCAAUGAAAACAGUAAUUGAACAGUUACAAGUUUUCAUUGUUUUUAAAAAAUUAGGACACUGACUUUAAUCUUUUUCAAAACUUUUUUUUGCCAUCUUCUAAAUCAUCUCUUUGGUGCUUAAUACUAAUUUAGAACAUCUUCUGAAAUUUCUUCUAUGUUCUGGAAUUUCUUUUCUAUUCUUUUUUCCAGUAUAUUUAAAACUUGAAAGCUAUAUAGAAUCCAAGGUUUCUCCAACAGUAGAUUUUUUUCUUUAUGAUCAGAAAUGAUCUUUUUAUUACACUUUCUCAGACAUGGCUCAUAAUAUUAGGUAUUUUAUUAUUAUAACCUUCUCUUCAUUUAAUAUGAUUGGCAUUGUUGUGAUUAAGUGGGUGAUGUUAAUAAUAUUUGACAGUAGUUCAUACCUAGCAUCCCAGCACUUUGGGAGGCAGGAGGAUCACUUGAGGCCAGGCAGGAAUUCCAGACCAGCCUAGGCAACAAUUUUGUAGCAACAAGCUACAAAAAAUAAAUUAAAAAAUUACAUGGCUGUGGUGGCACACACCUCUGGCCCCAACUGCUUGGGAGGCUGAGGUGGGAUGAUCAGUUGAGCCCAGGAGUUUGAGGCUGCAGUGAGCUAUGAUUAAGCCACUGCACUUCAAUCUGGGCAACAGAGUGAGACUCUCUUAAAAAAAAAACAAUUUGACAAAAAAAAAUUUCAGGAACCAUAUUUAAGACAUUAAAGUGGGGCGACAUCGGAGGUAGGAAAACCAGCUGGUUAGACAUUUUAGAAAUUUAAGUGUCAUUAAAAGUUCAUUAAGGGCAAGAACUGUGGUGGUGGUGUAUUGUUCAUCGGUGUUGUAUUGUUCACUCUGUAUGAUUUGUGAUAUAUAGUAUAGGUUCAUAGUUAUUUUAUGCCACUUGUGGAACAUAACAGAAAACAAAAGUAAUGGAUAAGCAAAUGAAUUAUCCUUAUUGUUGAAAGAAAGACAGCUGAAGACCUAGACUACUGUGGUGGCAGUGAAAAAUCAAGACUGGAAGAAGAUGGGGCAGAGUGUUAGAAGGCUAAAUAAAGGAUUAAUGUGGAAUGCACCAAGAAAAAAAGAGUUAAACAGACUCCAAAACUGAACACUGUGGAAACUAGAGAAAAGAAGGUGAUGAUAAGUAGCAAUUAAGAAGAGAAUGUGUGUUUGUUUUCUUUUUUUUUUUUUUCAGGUUGUAAAUAUUUAUAUUUCUCUCACAUACAAUGUUGUAUGAGACAUUUGUUUUAAUAUGUAUCCAUAGGAUUAAUACUCAUAUGGAGUAUAAUGUGGAAAAGUGCAGAACUAAAGAAAUAAGUCUAUCCGAAAACAAAAGCACACAUUUCUCAGGAUUUAAAAAUAUUGCACAUAGUAAGGUUGCACAGAAAUUACUGGCUGGUUUUACAAACAGAAUGAGGUAUCAGUCAACCUCUAGAUAAAGAUGAGUAGAGAGAGGAUAAACUACACACACAAACACAUAAAUCCGUACUAAGACCUAAGAGUGCCAACAACUAAGAAAAAAAUAUGAAAAAGAUAUGUAAGUAGCUACGAUUUCAACACUACAAAAUCAUUUUUAGCCUAGGACCAAACACAUUACAAUCUCUUGGCAAUAUUUCGUUAAGUUUUCAACUUUUUUCCAGCCUAAAUGACUAUGGGCAAUAAAACCAUUUCCUUUACCCCAGUUCUACUGUAGAAAGGCACAGUGCUGUGGUAAAUAUCAAACCAUCCCUUUCUCAACCUUUCAGUAGCAAUUAACCAAGAUACUGUUCUCCUUUGCUGAAUGACUCAGUUACACGGUUUCAUGUACAUUCUGCAACGCAAGUCACAGAUGUUAUAGAACAUGCAACUUUGAAUUAGUAAAGGUUUCACUGCAAAAAUCAUUAAGUUCACACAAUUUAAAUCUACAAUUAACUUUUAAAGUUUAACCAGGUAAACUCAAUAUUUUCUUGGUAAUAAAACUGGUGAUAUUAGUGAGCCCAAGGGCAGGUAGAGAAAAAGGACUAGGCAAAAUUACGUGUUUUUUAAAGAAACUUUCCUAAUCCAGGAAAUUAUUAGCAUUUUGUCUACUCGUUGAAUGUUGAAUUUGUCAAAAAAAAAACUCUUAAAUAUAUUUAAUAGCUAUAUCAAAUUGUUUAAAGUGAAAUCAUGCACUUGUCAAAAUAGUUCACAGAAAAUUGUUUAGCAUCAAAGAUAAUGAGGAAGAGUCAACCAGUUGGAUUUAGUGAGAACAGAAAAAGAACUACUGUCCUGAACAGUCACCAAAUCAAGAAGGCCUUUCACAAGUUGGCCAUGAAGUACCACCCUGACAAAAAUAAGAGCCCGGAUGCUGAAGCAAAAUUCAGAGAGAUUGCAGAAGCAUAUGAAACACUCUCAGAUGCUAAUAGACGAAAAGAGUAUGAUACACUUAGACACAGUGCUUUUACUAAUGGUAAAGGACAAAGAGGUAGUGGAAGUUCUUUUGAGCAGUCAUUUAACUUCAAUUUUGAUGACUUAUUUAAAGACUUCGGCUUUUUUGGUCAAAACCAAAACACUCGAUCCAAGAAGCAUUUUGAAAAUCAUUUCCAGACACGCCAGGAUGGUGGUUCCAGUAGACAAAGGCAUCAUUUCCAAGAGUUUUCUUUUGGAGGUGGAUUAUUUGAUGACAUGUUUGAAGAUACGGAGAAAAUGUUUUCUUUUAGUGGUUUUGACCCUACCAAUCAGCAUACAGUACAGACUGAAAAUAGAUUUCAUGGAUCUAGCAAGCACUGCAGGACUGUCACUCAACGAAGAGGAAAUAUGGUUACUACAUACACUGACUGUUCAGGACAGUAGUUCUUUUUCUGUUCUCACUAAAUCCAACUGAUGUUUGUUUUCUUUGAGGGGAGAGCUACACAAGGGUAUAGUUGAUAUUAUUAGGUAUUGGAGCAAGAGCUAAUUGGAAAAUACCUGUAGGCCAUGGGAUUUUAAAAAUGUAAAUUUGGGAGCUAUUUGCAUGCGAUUGAUUAAAUCAUUAUGUGGAUGGAUUCUAAGAUUAAACUUUUGUGGAUAUCUUCUGAUGAGACUAAGAAUAGGCUUGGUUAUAUCAUGUUAGGUAUUUUCAAAAACUGAAUCUCUGUUUAAACUGUGCUUUAUUAAGUAAGAAUAAAUUCUACCAGGAAUGCCAGUAAUCUGUCCACAUUUUUCAUUGCAAUGGAAUUUUGCUUAGAUUAGGCUACCAGAAUUUUACUAUGAAUAUUUUUAUUAUAAUAGGAUUUGUGGCACAUUUGAAGCCAUUAUGGCAAACUGAGUUUAGAAGAAAGGUAGGAAGGCAAAAAUUAUUUUAAAGGUUACAUUUAGAGACAAAAUGACAUAGUUGCAGGACAGUAGCAAUAGAAAAUCUUACAAGUAGAUUCUCUAAAUAGCCACUGUUGGCAAGCCAACAAAUAAUCACAUCUGUAAGGUCUGGAAGGAGUUACUGGCUUUAUUUCAGUGUUUUUAACCUCAGUUCCAUCCACAGGUAACAGUAGCACCAUCAGUCACAUGUUCUAAAUAUUUGGAA